AUGAAGUUUUUGGAGGAAGCAGAGAAGCCACUGUAUAAGGGAUGCAAACGUUACACAAAGUUGAGUGCACUUGUAAAACUAUACAAUACCAAAGCAAGGCAUGGGAUGAGUGAUGCUCUAUUUUCAGAUCUACUAGCAGAUUUUGGGGACAUGCUGCCAGAUAACCAUAAUCUACCAUCGUCAAUUUAUGAAGCAAAGAAGACGUUGAGUUGUUUGGCUUUGAGUCAUGAAAAGAUUCAUGCUUGUUCCAAUGAUUGCAUCCUUUAUAGGAAACAAUAUAAAGACUGCAUAAGCUGCCCGAAAUGUGGCUUAUCAAGAUGGAAGCUAACCAAGAAAAAUGUUGAGAAGAAAGGUGUUCCUGCCAAAGUGGUUUGGUAUUUCCCUCCCAUACCAAGAUUUAAGCGCAUGUUUAAAUCUUUAGAAACUUCUAGAAAUUUAACAUGGCAUGCAGAUAGCACAAGAGUUGUUGGUCAGUUACGCCAUCCAGUUGAUUCACCGUCAUGGAAAUUGGUGGAUCAUAUGUGUCCCGACUUUGGAAGUGAGGCAAGAAAUAUUCGCCUGGCACUUGUAGCCGAUGGAAUUAAUCCUCACAGCAAUCUUAGUAGUCGCUACAGUUGCUGGCCAAUCAUGCUGGUCACAUAUAAUUUGCCUCUAGACAUGUGCAUGAAAAGGAAAUUCAUCAUGCUAACGAUGCUCAUUUCAGGGCCAAAACAGCCUGGAAACGAUAUCGACGUCUACCUUGAGGUUCUGGUUGAUGAUUUGCAGCUGUUGUGGGAAGGAGUUGAUGGAGUUUAUGAUGCUUAUCGAAGGAGGUUUUCACUCUUAAAGCAGUUCUUUUAUGGACCAUCAACGACUUUCCUGCAUAUGGUAACCUUAGUGGAUGUACUACACAUGGUUAUUACGCAUGCCCAAUAUGUGGUGAGGAUACUUAUGCAAAGCACUUACAAAAUGGGAAGAAAAUGUCAUUUGCUGGGCAUAGAUGAUUCCUACCACGAUUUCAUCCAUAUCGGAGGUAGGCCAUUAUCUGGAAUUAAGUUGUUUGACAAGCUUUCAGACAUAACAUGUGAGUUUGGAAAGAAAACAAGUGUGAAGGGGAAAAUAAGGAAAAAAGCAAAGGAGAAUAUUGUUGAAGACAUUGAAGAAGAAAAGCAUUGUCUCAAUGUUAUGCACAUUGAGAAAAACGUUUUCGAGUCUCUGAUUAAUACUUUGAUGAACAUCAAGGGAAAAACCAAGGACAAUGUGGCAGCUAGGUUGGACAUGGUUCAGAUGGGAAUUAGGCCUCAAUUGGCUCCUAAAAUUGGUGAGAAAAGAACAUAUCUACCUCCUGCAGCAUGCUCAUUCACAAAAAAUGAGAGAUUACAACACUUCCUGCCAAUAGUCAUACGUAAUUCUCUGCCAAAAUAUGUUAGAUAUGCUGUCAAAAGAUUAUGCUUCUUCUUCAAAGAUAUUCGUUGCAAGAUUAUCGAUGUAGCCAAGUUAGAUAAGCUGCAAUCUGACUUGAUUAUUACACUUUGCUUAUUGGAGCAGUAUUUCCCCCCUUCUUUCUUCGAUAUCAUGCUCCACUUAACAGUUCAUCUUGUUCGUGAAGUCCAAUUAUGUGGACCAGUCUACUUCAGAUGGAUGUACCCAUUUGAAAGAUGCAUGAAGGUGUUGAAAAGUUACGUAGGCAGUCGAAAAUAUCCGGAAGGUUGCAUUGUUCGGAGAUAUGCAGCAGAAGAAGCAGUUGAAUUUUGUUCAAAACAUCUCAAUGACCUUGAUCCUGUUGGGGUCCCUAAAUCACUACGUGACCCAAACGCAAGCAUUCCUGGAUUCUCAGCAAGCAAUUCAUCAAUCAUCGUCCAACAAAUUGAUCUCCAACAAGCACACUUGACUGUUCUAGAAAAUACAGAAGAAAUAUCUUCAUACAUUAUUGAACACAAAUCCUUCUUGAAGACAAUGUUUCCCAAGAAACAGAAAGAUGCAAGGUGGAUACAAGAUGCUCAUAAUAAGAGGUUCAUUGACUGGUUUCGUGCAAAGGUGGCUGCUGAAAUCGAUAGUUGCAAUGGUGGAAUGACAUCGUCAUUGAGAUGGCUGGCCCAUGGACCACGUGUGCGAGUCUUAAAGUGUGAUAGCUAUGUCAUAAAUGGCAAUUUAAACCAAACAAAAGAGCGGGAUGAUGAGAAAGUUUAUCAAAACAGUGGUGUUUCUCUACUUGCCAACACGAUGCUUGUUUGUAGUGCCAAAGAUAAGAAUCCCGUGUUAGAGAAUGUAACUUUUUAUGGAGUUAUUGAAGAGAUAUGGGAACUAGACUAUCAUCAAUUUCAAGUUCCUCUUUUCAAGUGCGCAUGGGUAUCAAAUGACAAAGGAAUACAAUACAAUGAUGAAUGUGGCUUCACCUUAGUUAAUCUGAACAAACGAGGCCACCAGAAGGAUGAAUUUGUGCUUGCAAGUCAAGUUAGACAAGUAUUUUAUGUUGCUGACCCAUUGAACAAAGGGUGGUCAAUAGUGCUUCAAGUUCCAAAUAGAUGUUACGAGGGAGAAGAGGAUCUUUGGACCAGAAUUCCCGAAGCUCGACCAAUUGAUAAUGUUGAUAUUCAUUGUAUUCUUACACAUGAAGGAUACUUUAGAUCUUCUAAAGAGGGGUUCUUUGUAACAAACAAGAAAAAAUGA